AUGUUCCUGUCACCCUCGUCUUCUCACAGACAAAUGGUCUUUGUUAUUCUGUUACUUUGUCUCCUUGUGGUCAUUGACAGUAUGUUCUUUCCUUCGUUCAGGAGGGUAGCCCUCUUCGCUCUGCCUGUGGCAGUAGCCAACUCUCAGGCGACCACCGCCGCCUCUUCGGCGGUUGCCAGUCCCUUGUCAUCUACAUCGUCUGGCACCAUCGCAUCAUACACUCUCCCGGCUUCCAUCGAUUACGGCGCAAAUCUGAUACCCAAUGUCGAGGAUCCGGAGGCCAAGGACGCGCAAGUCAUGUGCCCCGGUUACAAGGCCUCGAAUGUCGAGCACAACAAGUAUGGCUUCACAGCCACUCUGAACCUCGCCGGACAAGCUUGCAACGUCUACGGCACCGAUGUUGACGUCCUCAAUCUCACGGUUGCCUACCAGUCUGCCCAUCGCCUGGCAGUCGAGAUCUCACCUGCCCACAUCACUGCAGAGAACGCUAGCUGGUACAUCUUGCCUUCCGAGCAAGUGUACAAGCCCGAGCAGUCGGACGAGGACACUGAGGACAUUGACCUUCAAUUUGUCUGGUCCAACGACCCUACUUUCAGUUUUGCAGUUCUGAGAAAGUCGACUGGCGAUGUCCUCUACUCUACCGAGGGCACUGUUCUUGUCUACGAGGACCAAUUCAUUGAGUUUGUUUCUACUCUGCCUGAGAACUACAACCUCGAAGGUCUGGGAGAGCGCCUUCACGGCCUCAGACUUGGCGACAACUUGACUGCUACCAUGUACGCGGCCGACAAUGGUAACCCCGUUGACCGUAACCUUUACGGAACCCACCCCUUCUACCUGGAUACCCGUUACUACGAGAAGGAUCCUGAGACAAGUGCCUUGACUCUGUUGACUGGCAAUGCGAGCACCAACGCCAGCUACAUCUCGUACAGCCACGGUGUUUACCUCAGAAACGCCCAUGGCCAAGAACCAAUUCUCAACGCCGGAAACAUCACCUACAGAACUCUCGGUGGAAGCAUCGAUCUUUACUUCUUUGACGGUCCUACUCCGGCUGAGGUUACCAAGCAAUACCAGGCCGAAGCCAUUGGUCUCCCUGCUAUGCAGCAGUACUGGGCUUUCGGUUACCACCAAUGCCGAUGGGGCUACAAGAACUGGACCAUGAUGCAAGACGUUGUCAACAACUUUGCCAAGUUCAGCAUUCCUUUGGAGACCAUCUGGAACAAUGACCCCAACACCUUCCCUUACGACCAGGGCAAGCAGUUUAUCGACGGUCUUCACAACAACAACCAGCACUACGUUACUAUCGUCGACUCAGCUAUCUACAUUCCCAACCCUGACAACGCCACGGAUGCUUAUUCUGUCUAUUCAAUGGGUCACGACAUGGACGUGUUCAUGAAGAACCCUGAUGGAUCCGAAUACAUCGGUGCUGUCUGGCCUAGUUUCACCGUCUUCCCUGAUUGGCAAGCCGUGAACUCUACUCAAUGGUGGACCGAGUCUCUUAUGAAGUGGUACCAGAAUGUCCAGGUUGAUGGUAUCUGGAUCGAUAUGUCCGAGGUCAGCUCCUUCUGUGUUGGCAGUUGUGGAUCAGAUUCUCUGCACUUGAACCCUGUCCACCCUCCUUUCGCUCUUCCCGGCGAGCCUGGGUCGGUUGAUUAUGGCUACCCCGAGGGUUUCAAUGUCACCAACUCUACCGAGGCCGCUGCUGCUUCCUCAGCUUCAGCUGCCCAGGCAUCCUCAAACUCGGCAACACAGGUCUCCUCGAGCACCUCAACCCAGCCUUACCUCAGAACUACACCCACCGCUGGAGUCCGUAACGUCAACCACCCUCCCUAUGUCAUCAACAACCAGCUUGGUGACUUGGGUGUUCAUGCCGUUGUGCCCAAUGCCACUCAUUCCACCGGUGUUGAGGAGUACGACGUACACAACCUCUUUGGUUACGAGAUCUUGAACGCAACGUACAUCGCUCUCACCCAGACUAUCAAGGCCAAGCGCCCCUUCAUCAUCGGUCGUAGCACUUUCGCUGGAGCCGGUCAAUUUGCUGGACACUGGGGUGGUGACAACUAUGCCACCUGGGAGUCUAUGUACUUCAGUAUCCCUCAGGCCCUCGAUUUUUCUCUCUUCGGUAUGCCGAUGUUCGGUGCUGAUACUUGCGGUUUCUCUGGAAACUCUGAUGAGGAACUUUGCAACCGCUGGAUGCAGAUGAGCGCCUUCUUCUCUUUCUACCGCAAUCACAACACUCUUGGCGACAACUCGCAGGAACCUUACAUCUGGGGAUCGGUCAUCGACGCCAGUAAGAAGGCAAUGCAGAUCAGAUACUCACUGCUGCCUUACAUCUACACCCUGUUCCACUCCGCACACACCACCGGUAGCACCUUCUUGCGCGCUAUGGCUUGGGAAUUCCCCAACGACCCUAGCCUUGCCAGUGCCGACCGUCAGUUCAUGCUCGGACCCAGCUUGCUCAUUACGCCUGUUCUCCUGCCUGGUGUCACUACUGUUAAUGGUGUCUUCCCUGGUAGCAAGGACGGCGUUGUCUGGUACGACUGGUACAACCAGACUGCUGUUCCUGCCACUCCUGGCGCAAACGUCACCAUGGAUGCACCUCUUGGUCACAUCAACGUCCACAUUCGCGGUGGCAGCGUCUUGCCCCAGCAAGAGGCCGGUCUCACCACUACUGUCUCCAGAAACACUCCUUGGAGUGUCAUUGCUGCUCUUUCAGCUGAGGGCACUGCUACUGGCAGCUUGUACGUUGAUGAUGGCGAGAACAUUAUCCAGAACUCGACUUUGUACGUUGACUUUACUGCCGAGAACCAGCGUCUGUACGCCUCUGCUCGUGGUCUCUGGCAGGAGAAGAACGCUCUUGCCAACAUCACUGUUCUUGGUGUUCAGAACGCACCCAAGAACGUGUCGCUUGACGGCAUGGCUCUGAUGUCUGGUGUCAACUACAACGCCACGAGCAAGGUUCUCAAGGUCACUGGUCUGCAGAACGCCACUUCUUCUGGUGCCUGGGCCAAGGACUGGGUUCUUGAGUGGUAA